UGCUGCUCUUAGCCAUGUGUGCAGGGAGCAUAUCCAGCAAUCCAUUCACCUUGAGACUGGCUGCUGUUCUGGAUGACCCGAUGGAGUGCAGUCGUGGUGAGCGCCUGGCUAUCACCCUGGCCAAAGAGGGUAUCAACCGUGUUAGUAACCUCUCUGUGAUGGGCAAAGUGGAGGUGGACAUCUUUGAACUCCUGAGGGACAGCGAGUACGAGACAGGGGACACCAUGUGCCAGAUCAUCUCUAAGGGAGUAUUGGCAGUCCUGGGACCCUCUGCUAGCCCAGCUUCCGACGCCAUCAUCAGUAAUAUCUGUGGAGAGAAAGAGGUGCCCUACGUGAGGGUGGCCCCCGAGGACCUCCUGAGGGCCCGCUUCCCGCGCUUCUCGCCCCUCGACCUGCGGCCCACCAGUGCACAUGUCAGCCUAGCCGUGGUGGACCUGCUCUCCGUCUUCAACAGCACCAGUGCCUGUCUGCUCUGCGCCAGGGCUGACUGUUUGAUGAACCUGGAGCAGUUAUUGCGUCAGUUCCUUAUCUCCAAGGAGACGCUGACUGUGCGUGUGCUGGAUGACAGUCAGGACCCCAUGCCUGUUCUAAAAGAGAUCCGCAACGACCAGACUGACACCAUCAUAGUGGACGCCAACGCCACGGUGUCCCACCUCAUCCUGGAACGGGCGUCAGAGUUGGGGAUGCUGUCUGUCUACUACACCUACAUCUUCACCACAAUGGAGUUCUCUCUGCUGCAGUUGGACGACAUCCUUGUGGAGCGCUGGGUCAACAUCCUUGGCUUCUCUGUCCUCAACCACAACCAUCCUUACUUCCCCGACCUCCUCCUCAGCCUCAACCGCUCCUGGCAGGAAAACUGUGACCACGCCCCUUUCACUGGGGUCCCGCUCUCCCCAGCCCUGCUGUAUGAUGCCGUGCAUGUGGCGGUGUCCGCUGUGAGGGAGCUCAACCGCAGUCAGAGCGUGGGCGCCACACAGCUCACCUGUCAAUCAUCCAAAAUCUGGGAGCAUGGCACCAGCCUGAUGAACUACCUAAGGAUGGUAGAAUUGGAAGGUCUAACUGGGCACAUAGAGUUCAACAGCAAAGGCCACCGCUUCAACUACGCCCUGAGGGUCGUGCAGAGCAGCUCAGAGGGGCUAAGGCAGGUUGGUGAGUGGCAUUCGGAGCAUGGUCUGUCCAUGGAGAGCGACAUCAACCUCCACAUCGUGGCCGGCACCAUCUUCAACACCACCCUCACCAUCACCACCAUCUUGGAGAACCCCUAUGUGAUGCUGAGGCCCAACCACCAGGCCCUGGAGGGCAACGAGCGCUACGAAGGAUUUUGUGUGGACAUGCUGCAAGAGCUGGCCGAGCUGCUGCACUUCAGCUACCGUCUGCGGCUGGUGGCAGAUGGCGUGUACGGCGUGCCCGGCGCCAACGGCACCUGGACGGGCAUGGUGGGCGAGCUCAUCUCCAGGAAAGCUGACCUGGCUGUAGCGGGGCUCACCAUCACCUCAGAGAGAGAGAAGGUCAUUGACUUCUCCAAACCCUUCAUGACCCUGGGCAUCAGCAUCAUGUACACAGCACACAUGACCCGUCGACCAGGCUACUGGUCCUUCCUAAACCCCUUCUCUCCAGGCGUAUGGCUUUUCAUGCUGCUGGCCUACCUGAUUGUCAGCUGUGUGCUCUUCCUAGUGGCCAGGCUAACGCCGUAUGAGUGGUGUAGUACUGAGCCAUGCUUGCGGGGGCGCUGUAAGCUGGUGCUGAACCAGUACACUCUGGGAAACAGUCUGUGGUUCCCUGUAGGGGGGUUCAUGCAGCAAGGCUCAGCCAUCACCCCCCAUGCCCUGUCCACACGCUGCCUCAGCGCUGUCUGGUGGUUCUUCACCCUGAUCAUAGUGUCCUCCUACACAGCCAACCUGGCUGCCUUCCUCACCGUUCAGAGGAUGGAGGUGCCCAUCGAGUCUGUGGAUGACCUGGCAGACCAGACCAUCAUAGAGUAUGGCACCAUGCAGGGAGGCUCCACCAUGACCUUCUUCCAGAACUCACAGUACCAGACCUACCAGCGCAUGUGGAACUUCAUGCAUGCCAAGCAAACCAGUGUGUUUGUGAAGAGCACGGAGGAAGGCAUCGACCGGGUGCUCAACUCCAACUACGCCUACCUGUUGGAGAGCACCAUGAACGAGUACUACCGCCAGCGCAACUGUAACCUCACACAGAUAGGAGGACUGCUGGACACCAAGGGCUACGGCAUCGGCAUGCCACUGGGCUCAGUGUACCGGGACGAGAUCGACCUGGCCGUACUCAAACUCCAAGAGGACAACAGGCUGGAGAUCCUUAAGCGGAAGUGGUGGCAGGGAGACAAGUGUUCCAAAGAGGAGGACCAUCGAGCACAGGGUCUGGGCAUGGAGAAUAUAGGUGGGGUCUUUGUUGUCCUGUUGUCUGGUCUACUGCUGGCUGUGUUCAUGGCGGGGCUGGAGUUCGCCUGGGUGCAGCAACAUUCGCCGAGGUCAGAGUUCUCCAUGUGUACAGAGAUGCUGAGGGCUCUCCAUGGGAUCCUGCUGUGCGAGGAGAGUAUGGCACUGCAUGUUUUAGGAGGCCCAGGGACAUUACUACAGACACACACUCCACUCCCAGAGGAGCGUGGCGGGCCCAGGACAGCCACUUGCACCCUCAGUAAUGGCAUGGUGUGCAGGAUGGACAACAGUAGCAGCGGUCCUAUGGAGUCACUGUCUCAUAGACUGGCACAGGAAGUCAUUUUGGGUCCACGGGGCUGCACUCACGUCCGCAUCUGCCCAGAGUGCAGGGGAUAUAAAGGACUGCGGGUGCAAACACUGCCGCCCAGAGAACACUCACCAGACCUCAGAGAGGAGAAUGUUUAGUGCAGCGUUGCCCAACUGGCGGUCCUCGGAUGAUUUUAUUUGGCCCUGAAGUUUCUGAGCAAAAAUACAUGUAUUAUUUAUUGUUGGACAUAAGACUGAAAACACCAGCAAAUCAGCUCCAAGUGAUUUUAAUGUUGGAAACCUGUUCCAAAGUAUUCCCACGCGUAAUAGCGAUAUGUGAUCAUAUACAAAUGUAAAAGCACGGUUUGAAAUGAUGUUUGAGUCAAAUAUAUUUGUUUGGGCUUCUUGCAGUUUACAAAUGAUUUGUAAUUAUGUUCUGGCCCCCUGACCAUCCGCUCAACAUAAAAUCAGCCCAUGGCUGAAUCUAGUUGAUGAUCCCUGGUUUAGUGAUCCCUGACCACUGAGGUGUAUAUGUUUGAACUAGAGACAGCGUCCAUUGUUUUAAAUAUAAUCUACUCACGUUCACAUAUGCCGUUUCGUGAUUGUCUAGAUCGGGUUUUAUAGAGCCAAUUACGCCUGCGCAUUAGCACUGUGCGCACUGGAGCAGUGACGAUGUCAUCACGUCAUCCAGAAACAGACAGUGGAGUCUUUGGCUGUGAUUGAUAAAAUAAAAUAAAUACUUUCAUAAUUUAAUGGAUGUUUUGUGUACAACGGUGAUGACUAAAGUGUCUUACUUGCAAUUUUCAAAUUUGACUUCUCCACGGCUCUUUUUGGACUUGACUUCAGCUAAACUGCAAUACCGAAUGUGUCCUCUGGGUUCAGUGGAAAGCGUGCUUCCAGACUGGAACCCUGGGGCCUUAGUACUGACCCUGAGCCACUUGUCGGUCUUUGCACUUUAUUUCAUUAGAUGAGACAUCAGGUCUGAAAUUGACACACCUGCGUUUCGCCAUCCUCAAUCUUUGGGUUCAGGGGUUAUUACCCGCUCUGAAAUGAAGCCUCUGUCCUGGGGAGGAAAAAGCAUGACUGGUGGCCUGGUCAUAC